UCAUGCGAGCGCAUUUUGGCGCAGCUUUGACCCUCACGUGAUUCAUUUUGCGACAACAGGAAGUGAGUGAGAGUGCUGCUGUCAACCAUUCAACUCUAUCUCAACAAUGACUUCUUUUAUCAAAGAAACUCAAAGCAUAAAAGAAGCAGUGACUUUCAUCAACACCAUUGAUGUAAACAAGUUGUCCAGGCUGAUCUCUCGCAUCCUUCAAAAGCUUCAUCUGAAGGGAGAGCGCACAUUCAGUGAAGAGGAGGAGCAAAAACUUCAGGCGGCUCUCUCUUUGGAGAAAGCAACUCUCAGCCUUGUUCUGGAGACUACUGCCUUUAUUCUGGAGCAGGCAGUGUAUCAUAAUGUAAAGCCAGCUUCUUUGCAGCAGCAGCUUGAGGCACUCCAUUUGAGUUCAGACAAGGCUGAGGUGUUCACCCAAACCUGGGCCACAGCUGGCCCUGAACUCAUCGAGAGGUCAAAGCACAGUAUCUUUGCCCCAAAGAAGCUGGACUAUGUUGGCUGGCAGUUGAACCUACAAAUGGCCAAGUCCAGCCAGCACAGACUGAAGGCUCCCAGCGCUGUUCUCCAACUGGGGCUCCACAAUGAACACUCUGAGAGUCAAGAAAAUGUAUUUGUCGAAUUCAGCCACCAGGAGCUGCUUGACUUCUACAAUAAGUUGGAGAUUGUGCAAAGCCAGUUGGAUUCCCUGACUUGAUGUCUGAUGCUGUCUGUAUGAUCAUAUACACACACUCAAGUGUUGUUCAUGUUUUUGAUAACAGCCAUGCUGGCUGGUCGGGGCCAAGCAAUGUCUUUUUUGCUUUGACUUAAUAAGAGAAAUUAAAGGUGGUUAAUUGUUAAUAUGUCUGAUUGUUGUGUGAUUUUUCACAUGGCUUCAUUGUCCUGUUUUUCACCUAAUGGUGAAUUAAAAUUCGUGAAAAUCAAUGUAAUAACUAUAUGACUAUCAAUAUAAAGUGUACGUCAAUAAGUGAGACUGCCUGAGAUAUAAUGUGUCAAUCAGCAGUACAGUUAUAAUCUGUGUGUUCAAAAGGCAAAAAUGUGUUUCUAACCAAAGGGCAGCAGAAACAAAAUAAAUGUAUUGAGUUGUGCAGAGUUAAAACAAAUUUAUUUUGUAUCUUUAAAAUGAAAAUAUUUUCCAUGUCAUUCCAAUAAAAUUUGAAGUGGAGGU